GAAACCUUCAGCACCCACAGAAGAAUUAGAAGAUGCCAGCCUGCCAGCAUCUGAAGACAGUCCACAAGCCUUACUUGUAUCUGAAUCCACAGAUUCCCCCCAGAAACAGACAGAAAGAAACCCAGCACAGCUCCCCAGCCCUCCGCUGCUCCCAGCUCCACCACCUAAGGCAUUCUCCAAAAUCACAAAGAGCGUAACAGGAAGCGAAAUAGAUGACACAGCCAUGAAAUCUCCUCCGUCCACCAUCCUGAAGAAUUACGUCAUUGUUGGUUCCUCCCAAAUCUCAGGACAAGCUGCCCUCUUCCAUCCCUCUGGCCAGAAAAGUUCCGAUCCCCACGUCAGGGGACAGGUAACAACGCCAACUGGUUCCCCUCACCUGGCUGCCGUCCACCUGCCUUUACCUCCCAGCAGAGUCAUUGAAGAACUUCACAGGGCUCUGGCCACCAAACACCGGCAGGACAGCUUCCAUGGAAGAGAAAGCAAAGGCUCUCCAAAAAAACGAGUGGAUGUCCGUCCACCCAGAACAUCGAGCAUCGAGCGCAACAAGGAAAAGGAGAACUCGCUGAGUUACAGCAGUGAUUCAGAAAAUAAGCGGAACUCAGUUAAAGAGUCGGAUGAGAACAAAGAAAACAUGAUCAUGAACUCAGAACUCAAGGAAGACUCUGUUUUUUAUCAGGAUGAGGAAGUUUUGAAUGACUCCAUUAUUUCUGAUACUGCACACUAA